AUCCACUGCCCAGCCCACGCUCCAGCCCCUCAGGGAGAUGCUGCCAGCCACGUCCAAGCUCUGCGCUGCCAUCUCCUACCGCCACCUGCGCAACAUGACCGGUCUGAGGAGACAAGCUGCUGUGGCCAUCAGCCAGGAGCUGAGCAGGCUGGCCAGCCGCAGCCCAGGACCCAGCGCCUGGAUCCACCAGGUGCGCAGGAGGAGCUCCUUGCUCAGCUCAAGGCUGGAGGAGAAACCCUUCAGCGAGAUGGAAAUGUCUUACAUCAAGCAAGGAGAGGAGGCCCUGCAGAAAUCCCUCAGAAUCCUGGAGGACCAGGACGACUGGAAGACAGAGACAGUGGCGGGCAACGGGGACAAAGUGCUGAGCAAGGUGCUGCCAGACGUGGGGAAGGUGUUCCGGCUGGAGGUGGUGGUGGACCAGCCCCUGGACAGGGUGUACGGGGAGCUGGUGGACAACAUGGAGCAGAUGGGAGACUGGAACCCCAACGUCAAAGAAGUCAGGAUUCUGGAGAAGAUUGGGAAGGACACGGUGAUCACCCACGAGAAGGCGGCCGCGACCCCCGGGAACAUCGUGGGGCCACGGGACUUUGUGAGCGUGCGGUGCUCCAGGAGACGUGGCUCCACCUGUGUCCUGGCUGGGAUGUCCACCACCUACGGGGCCAUGCCCGAGCAGGAGGGCUUCAUAAGGGCUGAGAAUGGUCCCACCUGCAUGGUCCUGCGCCCUCUGCCUGGCAGCCCCUCCCAGACCAGGCUCACCUGGCUGCUCAGCAUCGACCUCAAGGGCUGGCUGCCCAAGACCAUCAUCAACCAGGUCCUGUCCCAGACACAGGUGGACUUUGCCAAACACCUGCGGCAGCGCCUGGCCCGGCCGGUGCCUGCAGCCUGCUGACCACGGCCUGCUGACCACGGCCUGCUGACCACAACCUGCUGACCACCUGUGCAGGGCUCCCUUCCAGGGCCAAGUAUGGAAUCUUGUCACUUCAAUCAGCCAAGGCCUUUAAUAGCUGAUUCCACUAAUUAAUAUAUAGUUCUAAUCAGUUUAUUUAUUGAAGAUUAUUGUGUAAGUGCAGGACUAAAAAUUUAAUUCCUGCAGUUGCUUAACUGAGCAUGUGCUGGACCAGUCAGCCAACUCCUCCCUCCCUAAUUACUUUCAAUGAAUAAAUAAACGUUUAAUUAGUGCUGUCUACAAUUAAAGGUCUGGGCUAAUUAGUUAUUAGGGAGACAGCUGACUGGGAAGUACAUCCUCAGUGAGGAAAACAGAAGCCUAACUGAACUCAAAUUUUACUUUCCCAAAUUUUACUUUCCCACAGCACGCACUUAACAAUUUUGUUUCCUUUCCCCUUCAAAGCAGCUCUAAUUUAUUUUUUCCUGUACCAACACAUAAAAAAUGUCAAAUUAUUUAUUCAGCCAAAGCUCUGCAAUGAUGAUCAUUAGCAGGAGGCCCCAUGUAACUCCUGUGCACAGAGAUCUUCAGCUCAAAAGAUCUCCAAGUGUAGCUACUCUGAGUUUCAAUGUCACUUGUAACAAUUUACAAGACAAAAACAAGAAUAAAAAGAAGAGUUAAAGCCUU